AUGGCAUUUUUCAGAAACCUCCACCAAAAUCUGAGCCUUCCCUCUGUGUCUUCUCUGGUCGACACACUUAGCAGUGCUGUGGAUGAUCUGACCAGUGUUGUUGGAGAGGUUGGCUACAGUGUAGCUGAUUCAGUAACAGAGCAAGUAACGAGCAUAAUAAAUGGCUUUCGUGCAGAAGAUGAAAGCUCCAAAAUACAGAAUGAUAAACCUGUGCAAGAGAGAGAGGAACGUACACCAUCAUUAACUCACUCUCAGGAAAUUAAUAUGAAAGCGAAGAGAGGUAUAGCAGAACAUAAAGACACUCAUUAUUCUAAUUCAUUAGAUUUUGUAAAAAAAGAUACAAGUCAGGAUGGAGUAUCUGACCACGUCGUGGACAAAAACCAAUGCCAGUUAAAAGGCAGAGAUAGUAAUAAUCAUUUAAGUGAUACAGAAGUACUUCAGAAUUUGAAGAAUGUAGGAGGACCUUUUAAAAGGGAACCAGUAGGAGGAAAUGAAUGUUUUGUAAAUGAUAAGUUCUUGAAGGAUAGUAACCUGAAAAGUGAUAAAUUUACAAUGGAGCUAUCUAUGGAGGAACAAGAUAAUUGCCUAUGUGCAGUAUCAGAUAGUUCUAAGAAUCACUUGCAUAGAAAAAUCAAACCGUGGUCACCUGGAGUUGACUUUAAGAAUUCUGAAGAAGUGCAUAGUAUGAAUGUUCCCCAAGAUUUAGAAACAAAACUUCUUGAAGUACAGAAGCAAAAAUUAUCGGACUCCAGCUUGAGGAAGACACACGAUGACCAUCCCAAUUGCAUUAAUGAAUUCAGAGAAAAGAAAUCUGAAGCCUUUUUUGACAGAAAAGGAAAAUCCAUAUCAAAGGAUGAAGACGAUGUGUCAACUACAAUUGCAAAAGCGGGCAAAAAGAAAAACUCAAAGAGAUCAGAAAAGAAUUCAAGAGAGCUAUGUAAUAAGGUGACAGCAGGAAAAGACAACUCUUAUAUGAGUAAAGACCAGCAUGGUUCAUCAUCUGAGAGUGAAGAUGAAGCACUGGGUAAAUAUCAUGAGGCCUUGUCUAGAACCCAGAGUUCCAGGCUGCCAGUGGUGGAUGGCAGACAGCAAAAAAACUAUAUAUGGGAAACCAGACAAAAAUAUAGUCCCCUGUCUGCAGAAUAUGAUGGAUACAGUAGUGAAGCCUCAAUAGAUGAAGCAAACUGCAUUCAGAGGAUGAGAAGAACACCUCCGCUAGAUGAACUGCAGCCGCCUCCAUACCAGGAUGAUAGUGGUUCUCCUCAUCUUUCAUGUACGCCUUCUGAAGUCGGAGACAGUAAAUGUGAAUUUUCCCAGUGUAGCAACAGUCCAAGAUGUUCAUACAAGUGCCCAAGCGAGGGGAGCACAGGACAUGAAAUAGAAAGUUUUCAUAACAAAGGAUAUGAAGAGGAUGUACCAAGCGAUAGCACAGCUGUCCUUAGUCCAGAGGAUAUGUCAGCUCGAGGAUCAUCUUCACAGCUUCCUAAACCUUUUGAUCCUGAGCCAGUAGCUAAAUAUGGCACACUGGAUGUGACUUUUGACUAUGACUCACAGGAACAGAAGCUUUUGGUGACAGUGACAGCUGUCACAGACAUUCCCACAUACAGCAGGACAGGUGGAAGCUCGUGGCAAGUACACCUAGUUCUUCUCCCUAUAAAGAAGCAGAGAGCAAAAACCAGCAUCCAGCGGGGACCGUGCCCUGUCUUCACAGAGACGUUCAAAUUUAAUCACGUUGAGUCUGAGAUGAUUGGGAAUUAUGCAGUUCGCUUUAGACUGUACAGCGUACGUCGCAUGAAAAAAGAGAGGAUUGUGGGAGAAAAGAUAUUUUACUUAACGAAAUUGAAUCUUCAAGGGAAGAUGUCAGUGCCAGUGAUACUGGAACCUUCUUACAGUCUGUCUGGUUGUGACUCUCAAAUGAGCAUGUCAGAAGUGUCCUGCAGUGAAAGUACCUCCUCUUGUCAGUCUCUGGUACAUGGCUCAGCUCCAGAAAUCCUCGUUGGCCUCCUUUAUAAUGCUACAACUGGAAGAUUAUCAGCAGAAGUGAUAAAAGGCAGCCACUUCAAAAACUUGGCAGCGAACAGACCACCCAAUACAUAUGUUAAGUUAACACUGCUGAACUCGAUGGGGCAAGAGAUGUCCAAAUGCAAAACUUCAAUCCGCCGAGGACAGCCAAAUCCAGUAUACAAAGAAACCUUCGUUUUCCAAGUGGCACUGUUUCAGCUUUCAGAUGUGACGCUCAUACUCUCUGUAUAUAAUAAGCGCAGCAUGAAACGAAAAGAGAUGAUAGGCUGGAUUUCCUUAGGGCUCAACAGCUCAGGAGAAGAUGAACUCAAUCACUGGACUGAAAUGAAAGAAUCUAAAGGACAGCAAGUAUGUAGAUGGCAUACUUUACUAGAAUCGUAAUGGACGGUACAAAGCGCAGUCGUGGUUUUAAGGGAGUUUGGUCUCUCAAGAUGAUGAUCAUUCCCGGUCACAGUCAACAGAUUUGUUGUGGAAGUGAAAAACAAAAAUUGAGGUCAACAUUCCAUUGUAAAGAAUGCACAACAUGCAAAAUGGCGGGAUUUAAAAUACAGUCUUCACUUAGUGUCAGACACUUCCUUGGUGUCAGAGAAGCCUUGCUGUAUGCAGAUAUGUUAGCGGUCCCUCCCCCAUCCACCUGAUGCUGUAUUUGUUUGGGUUUGUUUUGUGGUUUUCAAUUCCAAAACAUUUUAUGUAAGGUUCUCCAAAUUAAUGUAAGCUCCUCCUUGUGUACUUUUUGUAUUGCUCUAAUACUGUAGCUUCUGACCUGCCUGCAUUCAGAUUAAAGGUCAAUAAUUUGCACUUUGAGAAAAAGUUAAUGAUCUGUAGAGAAAAAAAAAAACCAAACAAAAAAACCCACCAGUGGAGAACACUUGGUAAUAUAGCAAAUAUGAUCAUACUGUUGUUUUAUACUGAGUUUAUUUCCAGGAGCUUAGUACAAGUAAAUUUUCAUUUUUUGAUAUGCAGUUGGUUUGAAAAAUACUAGCAUUUGGGCAUCAGGUGAACUUUGACAUCAAAAUAAUGUUUCUUCAAUCUGUGACAGGAACGAGCUCUAUAUAUGGCAUAAAUUGGGUUUUUCCCUCUUGCCUGUACUUCUGCCUAAUCCAAAGAGACCAGAUCACUAGUUUGGUCCCUUCCAAAUCUCCUUAGACAGGUUGUACUGUAAAACUAUGUAACUUUCUGUUGAAAGCACUUCCUGUAUUCAUGUAUUCCAAUGUAGGAAGCUCAUAGAGCACGACUUUACUAAAAUAUAUUUUCAUUAAGCAAAUUGAUACGGAUUUCUUUAAAAUGUCAGCAGUUGAAAGUUAGGUUGAAAGACUGUGAAGGAUGUGGUACCAGUUGAACUACUCUGAAUGAACGUGAAAUACUGUGGCUUUGGUUGAAAUAGGUAUCCGUUUGAGUCUCUUCUGAGCUGUUUUAGGGGUUACCCUAUGCUGUUUGUUGGAAGUACAGAGCAGACCAGGAGUUUUUAUCUUUCUUCUUGGAGAAGAGAACAUCAGUAAGUUAUUUUUUUCUACUGAUUUGCUAGCAAUUGAAUGAAUGUUCGCACCCAGAAUAGAAGUUUGCUUUGCUUAUGUUCAUGUUGGGAAACACAGCUUUCUGACGACACAAUUGAGAAGCAGCAGUAUCACAAGAAAGUUUGCCAUUGGAUAAACACUCAUGGCUUCCACCAAAAUUAGGGAAAUACCAGUGCUUCUGAGAUUCCUAUUUCUCCCAGAUACUGGAAUCAUACUAUUUUACUGACUGAUGAAUCUAAUUCAUAUUACUGAAACUGUGGAUUAUUGAGUAAACGUAUUUUUUAAAAAGCUCCCCAAUUCAAACAUUCUUUUUGACUGUAAUUAUCAGUUUUGUUUACUUGAAAUUGUUGCUGUAUGGAAAGCAAGCAGGUUUUUUCUUAGAAAUGAUGGUGAUGUCUUGGAAAUAUGAGACCUCACUGGCUGUUGUAGCACUUGGUGGGUAGAAGAGUGAAGUUUUGGAUUUUGUUGAGAGAAUUAGUGGUAGCCUAGAGCAUUCUCAUUAGGACAAAUGGUUUUUUUUGUCUUGAAUUUCUUUCUAAUACCUUUGGCUUUAGGGUAUACAGACAGUCAAGUACAGUGAGAUUGGAGACAGUGAGUAUGCUAUAAUAAAGAUAUUUCACAUGGUUCUCAAAUUCUCACACUACUUAACAAUUUCAUUAAGUCCUUUUUAAAGGAUAUUGUAAUUACCACUUCUUGGUUUAUUUGGUGCCUUUUGAGGGGUUUAUUUGCAGAGCCAGGCUUUCAGUUUUUAUUCAUUUGAAGAUUUAAAACAUUAUUACUGGCCUUUCCUUUUUUUUUCUUCUUUUUUUUUGUGCUGCUGCUUCAUUUACAUAAGCUUUAUUUACUAAAUACAAAUAAUGCAAAACUUUCUUUAAACAGGAAUGGUCUUGCAGUAAUGCAAUACAAGUUGUCUAUUCCAGUCCUUUUUGUUGCUCAGUUCGUGAAAUGUAAUGUUGAGUGUAGAAUUUAAUAAAAAAAUCAACAUUAAUUUUAUAUGCAUAAGGAAAACACUCAGAUUUUCCCAAUCUUUUCAGCUUUCCAAAUAAUAGAAACACUGACUUAGAAGCUGAUCAAAAGCAGCUUUUCAAUGGAUGUGGAAGUGUUUUUACUCAUUCUGUUUGUGGAUAUUUGGAUUCUCUUUCCUAAAGCCGAAAGUUGUCUCCUUGAUGGUUGUCUCAUUGUACAGGUUUUGCUUUAUAAAAUAAUGUACAGUAUCUAACGGCAAGAACUGAGCAAACUAAUUCCGGUGGAGAAUAUACUUAACAUCACCAUUGAACAAAUGAAGAAGUCACUUUGGAAGGCGCAGCAAUAACCUCUUACAGAACCAAACUAAACUGAACUGUGUCGCAACUUGGGUUUCUGUUUGUAGGUUGCAUUGUUUCGGAUUUAUAUCUAACUGUUCAGAUUUCUAAGACACUGAAAUCUUAAUUUAGACACAGCAGAGAUUUAUGGUAGUCUGUGUUGGGCACAUUUGGGAAGAAGAAUCAUGUGACUUUUCCCAAGGUAUCUGGUCCAGUCUGUGCUUCACAGAAGGAGGUUUGGUUUACUUGGUUUUAUACUGUGCAAAGGCUGGAAACUGAAUGUAUAAAGAAUGGAAAUGAAUGUUUGAUUUUGAGACAGUAGAACACGGAUUUGCCAUGCAAAACCAGUCACACCAAUAAUUGGAUUCGCUCUGGGAUUUUUAUGAAUUAGUUACAGUAUCAAUAGCUAUCAUGUUGCUUUUUCUUCCUAGAUCCCAUUCUUCCGAUUUGUCAUUUUGUUUUUCUUAUUGCUUUAUGCAAACCUAUACUUUUGUAUUUGAAAUCUGCCGUUAGAUAUUGGGUUUUUUUAAACCCUGCAUAAGGGCUUAUACAUACAGCAUGUUUUUGUGCAUUCAGUUAGGUCUUAAGCAUGGAACAGAAUUUCUGAAGAACAAAGUAUCAGAAACAAAUUAGAGGCAUUUGUGUUUUCCUCAGAGUUGUCUGUGGGUUUUUUUCAUAGCUUUUUCUUGUUUACCUUUUUGAUUGAAAGUACAGUAAGUACUUGCAAAAGUUUAUCAAAUUAUUUAAUUACUUUUCUGUGUGCCAAUAUACCACGUAGAGAUUACAAUUCUUGAAUAGAAUCUGUUCCCUGUCGGUGUAGCCUUAAUUAUAGUACAGUGACGUUCUUACAGAUUCUGUUCUUGAAAAUGUUGCAUCCUUUCUGCAUAUGAUCUAUUUGCUUUAAUGUUUAGAACAUUUCACAUAAGUCUUUUUAAAGUAUUAUAAGUAUGUAAAAGUUGGUUAGUUCCUUUCUGUGCUAAGGGCCAGAUUGUGAAGGGCGGUACAGGCAAGCGUGAAAUCAUUGCGCAGAAGGAUGAGAGGUCGUACAGCUUCUGCAGGACAUGGCUGUCUCCCACGUACGUGGAGGCAAGGAGUCAGCAGAGCCAUGCUGCUGUUCCCCGUUCAGCCAGGCGGCGCGGGGAAGGAGGAUAGUACUGGUAAGAUUCAAAGCUUGGUCCCCGUGGUGCUGCUUUGUGCUCAGGGCUUAAGACAUCCACGUCAUAACCACAGAGUGAGGUCUGACUGCAAUGGCAGAAGUUAGGUAAGGUGUAAGUUCUGCUACUUGAGAAAUAUGACAUAAUUUCUAAAUCUAAUUAAAAUCCUUUAACUUCAUUAAUAAUUAGAUUUCAAAAUAUGAUGAGCCCUUGGAAUGAAUGUGUGUGCUCCUACUGGAACUGAAUGUUGUUUAUCAAGAGAAUACUUGAGCUGAAAACAGAUUUUAUGACAUUUACUGUAGGAGAUAUUUUCAGCUGUAAAUUUUUGCAGCCGUUCCUGAUGGCAGAUGCAGUGCCAGCAUCAGUACCUUCCCAUUUUUUCACACCUUUGGAGCAAUUUGUUGUCUAAAAUUUGUUUGCGUUAUGGUUUUAUUCUCUUUUCUCCCUAAUGACUUGCUCCUGCAAACUCCCCGUCACCCUGAAAAGCUGUCUGUGGCAGUCACUGGACCUCAGAAGUCAAGGGCAUUCUGCACCUCUUACAGUAAGGUACUGGUGCAAAAUUUCUGUGACCUGUCCAACUCCCUAGAUUUCUGAAAUGCAAACCAUCAGUUUUAAUAUAGUGAAGCAGAAGAAGAAAACUUUUUUUUUCUUUGAAGGAAACAUUUUAAUGUCUGCAGUAAAAUCAGAGAAUGAGGUUUGAGGGGAAGCCUUUUGGCCUGAGCCGUUCCAACUUGAAACUAACCGCAGAAUGCCCUUUCAUUUAAAUGAGAGUUGUAUUGAGCUCUUUACUUAUUCAUCACACUUUUCUGGAGGAAAAAAAGCUGUCUUGUUUAAAGCAGUCUUUAAUAUUGUAACUUGUCACUUGUAAGACAGACUGACUUCCUCCUGAAGCUGAAUUCUCAGUAACAGCUAAACAUCCAUUUAAUUCUCCCACUGAUGUACGUGCCUACCCGCCAUUAAUGUUAAUGAGAGGAGCCCAUGGGCAUCAACAGGAGACUAGACCUGACCCUGAAAGUGUGAAGUGCAACAGGAUCAGCAGAUUAGAGCAGUGAUACAGCAUGGCACCUGCAACACAAUCAAAUGUGAUUUCAAUUAUGAAUGGAGGUGAAAAACCAAAUAUCUGGAUACUGUCACGAACUUGUUAUUUAAUCCUUAUAUCUUUUUUUGUUCCUUCUUUUCCUCAGCUUCUGAAAUAUUUUUAAAACUCAAUACGAAAAAUGUUAAAGCAAUACCCAAACAUCUUGAUUAUUUUAACUGGAACAUUCAGCAAAGUUUAUUGUUAGAAAAAGCCAUCAAGAAUGUUUUGAAUUUUGGUCUAUUUAACUCAACUGCCAGAUUUUGUAGUGCAUCACAGCUGGAUUUCAGCCUACUUUGUUCUGAUGGUAGUUUUUGAGGGGAAAGUCACAGGAGUGUUUGCUUGUCAGUGAAUGAACGCCUGAUGAAGAGAUGUCAUCUGAGAGCGAGAGCAUUAAAAUAAGAGAUGGCUUCAUGCAGUGGUAGCGACAGUGACUCAAAUUCCACUCCCAGAGCCUUGUGGCCCUCAGAGGGCCCUACUCGGAGGAACUGUGACGUGAACUGUGGGAGUUUAUACAUACAGAGCAGGGCGGGUCUGUGUGGGCACUCCAUGGCUUCUAACCUCGUGUAUUUUACAGGUGUAAGCAGGGGAGAUGGUGUUCAUGUGCUUAGGGUGAGUACCAGCUGGCCUGCAGCGACAUGGAUUAGUUUAGACUUCAGAACUUAUCACUGCCCCUCCUUAAGUUCAAGCAGGGUUUCUUCCUUUCUGGAGACCAUGGUAGAAAUCUUACGCACCCAGCAUAUUUGCUUAUGUUGUCCCUACCUGAAUACAGCACAAUUAUAUUCAUGCUAGCAAGCUUAGUUCACAUGUAACAUGGUGUGACUGAAUAAAUUGGUCUGAUACAUGCUGGAUCAUGUUUUGCUGUGCAGGCUUAUGCUGGUGUAAUAUAGAAAUAAGAUCCUUAUGGAGAGGAAUGUGCCAGGAGUCAGGAAGGUGGGUAGUAUUGCUCCUGUAGGAAGGAAGACCAGGAAACAGCUAUGCCCAGAAAAUGGGCAAGGCUAGCCUAAUAGCAAGAAGAAUUCAUUCAAUUCAUUGGAAACAUCAUCUGGUAGAGCUGGCAUAAACCCUCCAAAAGCUGCGUGUCUCUGGGGACCUUACUCAGGAGAGCAGAAUAAGUAAUACCGUACCGCUGAAGGAAUACCUCAUGGACAUUCAGGGAUGUGAUUAAUGUCAUCCUUUUUUCUCUUGUACCUGAGGACAGGAGUCUUGCCCAUUGUAUCAAGUUAAUUUUUUUGCAGUGUUUGGCAAAUCCCAUGGACGUUUGCUGCAUGCCAGGAGUCUGAAGUGGAUUGCUUUAUAACUUCUGGUUCAUUUCCAAAGCAUGAGUUUGAAUGAAUUUACAGAAUUAACUAGAAGCAUUAUCAUAGCUUUGAGAUGUAAUCUUUAGGCCAUAGUGCAAGCAAGGAGCAGGGCUUUGAACAAGUUUUAAUAGUAAAUUUUGCAAAUGGCUUAUUAUGACAUUUUAAGAAAAUUUCUAAAUAGUUGAAUGUAUUAGGGAAUAUUUACAAAAAAGGAGUUAGAGCAAUGAUCUUUUUUUACUCUACAGCUAGUUUGCUGUCCUUUCCAGUAAACCACAGGGUUCAUUAGUGCUCAGUACUGUUUCAUUUACGGUAACUGUUUUUAAUGUGAUUUUCAUGAGAAAGUGUAAUUAGUGGAACCUUUUAUUCAAUUUUUCCCUUUCUUUGCUUUUUUUAAGGAGACAUUUCUCCUUAUGUAGUAUAUAUACUUUCUUACAGAGCUUUCUUACCUAUUUUUAUAUAAGAUGAUUUAACAAUGUAAAAUUAAAUGCUCUAUGAGCAAGCUAUAUCACUGUUACACAAUCUAAAGUGCUAAUAUAAUGACUAAGGGCCUGAACCUACUGCCUUUUCUUCGGGUCCUGGUUUAACCACACGUCUUUUAUGUUGUGUAGUACCUUUCCCUGUAAGCAGUUCCAUCUAUUUCUCCGGGAUGACUCAGAGAAAGGCACUACUAACAUGAACAACAGUGGUAAAACUGAGCCUCCUCUCCAUUCUCAGCAGGACAUCUGUCAUGAGUAAAGGCUGCUGGCUCCGUCCCAAAAGUGUAGUUAUAGAUUAUAGUUCCCUUGAUCUUCAGUAAUUUGGAACUUGUUUUCUGGUGACUAUAAGCUAAUAACUGAUCCUAGUGAAUACAAGUAUUGAAUUGUGCUGUUAUCAGCGAGAUUAUUAAAAUGUGUUUCACAUUUUAAUUCAUUCUUUCAUUGGGAUGUAAGGAUUUGGAUUUGUGAAGCAUCAUAGUGCGUAGAGAUAGCACACAUUCGCCACAUUUUUAAAAAGCGUAUGAAAUAUACAGUAUGUAGCAUUUUCUUGCAUACUUUUAUACUGCCUGUACGCCACCGAUGCACUCGGUGCCUUCUUUCUUUUGUAUAAAACGAAUACGUGGAGAAACUCAAGUUACCGUGUGUAAGCAACGUCGCUGCAACUGAAGAGAUGUCUUAACCUGAUUAUUCCUAGUACAGGAGGUUUCAAAUGGCAGUUCAGUUUAACACAAUGCAUUUCUUUGAGUUUGAAGUUUUCCCCUUUCCUCCCUCGCCCCCCCUUUCCCAGAAACCUCCCCAUACGACUGUUUAUUCUUAAUUGAUUCCUGUGUCUGAUGUAAGUCACAUGGUGUUAACCAAAGAACCAAGUCUGUUUCUAAUUCUUUGGACAAAUAAUGUUUGGACUUGCUAUUACUUAAAGACAGAAAUGAUAUAAUGGAUCUCUUUGAAGAAAUACAAAAUAGGCUUCUGUAAAUGUGACUCACAGCCGAGAAUUCAAGAUACCUCUUUUCUGACUGGUUGCGCGUUAUUGUAUCAAAGUGUUUUAUUUCUUGCAUUUUAAUCGAAAUCCCAUCGCAAGCAAAAAUAUAAGUCAGUCAGUGCUGUCAAAUUAGCUUGUUUUACCCGUUUUAUACCUAUAUCUGAAGUGAGCAACCUUGAGAACAGAUUCGGCUUUUCUGUGUCCGAAGUCCUGCUAUUGCUGUAUAAUGACUGUCUAGUGUCCGCUGGUCUUACAGAAACAGACUCAUGCUGCAUUGUAUGGACAUUUCCUACCAGUAUCCCUUCAUUGGAUAGUUUAUUUAAUAUAACACAGUUUGCAACUAACUGUUUCAAUUUGAAAUUCCUUAAAUUUCAGUGCAUGUAGAGCCUUAAACAUUUAAGACACCAAGCACACUUUUAAAGGGAAUAGGUUAUAUUUGCAAGUCCUGUUUGGCACAGAAAUCAGAGAAUUAUUUUUAUAUAUCAAUCAAAGAUUGUAGAAAAUGGGUAUAUUGCAGUCAUGUUAUCAACCAUGCUCCUGAUUAUAUGCAUUUGUAAAACAUUUUUGCUGAUGUUUUUAGAGGUGAAAUAUCAGUGCUCAUUUUCUUUCCUGAAUUUGCUUUUUGUUUUUUCAUACUUUCAUUUCUGUACAGAACCUUGGAGCCCCUAAUGUCUGUGACUGAAUUCACCCUUAUUUCCAGAAUUUCUUGAGCUUCUUUUGUUUUCUGCUACAUUUUUAAGUCGAAUAAGCAGUAAUUAAAACUCUCUAAAUUUUUUUUUUUUUUUACAUUUUGACAGUAGCAUAAUUAGAGCAAAUGACUGUUUGCAACUGUUUAUGCAGCUUAUUAAAGUCGUCGGACUUUGUUUGAAACUGUCAUUACAAUCCAGAUGAAGACAUACGUUUCAUGGCACUGCAGCCCACAGCAGGUGAAAACGGGAGUUCUGGCGAUGAAUGUGCAGAUCUGCAUAUUGGGUGUCAGAUCGUAAAUCCCCAGAGGGAUUUCUAAUUAAGUGUCACAUUGUAUCUACAGUAUCUCCAGUUGUGUGUUGUCAGAUACUUGUUGGUUUGUUUUCUUUAUUAUUACCUAGCAAAAAACCUGCUUUUAUCAUUUUGUGCUACUGUAUAUUAAUCUUGAGGGUUUCCAGUGUGCAAGAUUAGUUUACUGUUGUCGGUUCUCUUUUUGUAAAAAACCCAAACACCUGGACUUUCAGCACACGCAUCCCAUUACUCUUCUGAUUUUGGGGAGAGGCAGAAUGCCAUCAGCUGGUUUUACUUAUAUUUACCUGUACGGCACAGGUAACUUUAAUCCCAUGUUAGUUUGAUUAAAACGUGCUAUAGUAUAUUUUCAAACCAUGGAUCUGUCACAACAUUAAAAUAGUCAUUUUGCGUACUUGAAGCUUUGCAGCUGUGGAUUUGUGUUUUGUUCGCACUCUCUAUUUGUAUCGAUCACUCUGUGAAAUGUAUUUUUGUCAAUUUGAGGACUAGACUGGGUAUCCUUUGGUUAUUUCAAAGUAUUUUCUGUAUGUGGAAUCAGCUUUUUGCAUGUGAACUCAAUUGCUGGGAAGUAUUUGAAAAAAAGGAAAAAUCACUUUUAAAACCGGUUGUUGUCACUUUCCUUUAGAAUUCAUUAGAUCGUAAACAAGUGUAAUAGACUUCACUGUUUAGAAGAUAGUAACACUUGGUCAACCAUUUGAACUGCUGUCUGCAUUAAAGAGAAGAAAAACUUUUUUAAUUUUGGCAAGCUAACAAAUCCUAACCUUAACACACUUUUUUUUGUCUCCAUUUCCAAAUUUCCUAAGUUUCCCCAAUUCCCUUUCUGUUCCUCACAGUCUUUGCUGAUGUCAUGAAUCUUCUACUUAGAGAAUUUUAACUUAACCAGUGUGAUAAC